UCUGCCAGCGCCACCUCCGCCAACGCAGGGCUGUGUUUAGGAUGGAGGACAAGCAUUCCAACAACCCUCAGGCCUGCUGUCCAGGACAGGGAGGAGGGCACGUUCAGUCAGUCAGUCAAAGAGUAAUGGAGACCAAACGUGCUAGGCUGUGUUUUAAUUACUGGGGUUUCAUUGAUUUAUUGAGGUCCACUGUAAAGCCCUGAACAAGACAGACAUCUUCCCUGCCCUCAAGGUUCAUACAAGCUUUUAUAAGCAUGGUUUGAAAAAAACCCACAGGUAUAUAAGAUACAUAGGAUAAGAUUAACUGCUGAGAGAAAAGUAAAAUAGAGUAAGGGGAUAGUUUGGGAGGGAAUAGCUGCUUUAGGCAGGAUGUUUGGGGAGGGCCUUUGAGGGAGUGAAUCCUGGAUGCUGGUAAAGAGUUAUGUACAGAUAUGGGGGGUUGUAGAAAAGGGAACAGGGAGGACUUUCUGAGGAGGUGCUGUUUUAACUGAGCCCUGAAUGAUAAAGAGGAAUAGCUAUGCACAUAUGAUGGGAGCAAGGGUGUUCUAGGGAGCGAGAACAGCAAGUGCAAAGGUCCUGAGCUGGGAAUGAAUCUGGUAUGAAUGAAGGAUAAUGUGCUGGAGUGAAGAGAACUGCAGUGAUAUGGUAGUGUGGACCAAGGGCGUUGCCAGUGGGAGGCGGGGGAAUCUGAUCCCCAUUUGAUGGAGCAGGAGGCCAGGGUUCCAGAGGGGGAAACUGGUUGAGGAAGUGAUGGUGCCUGGCUUUUCCAGUUCAGCCAUGUCUGACCUUGAAGCCUGUGCACUCUUUCCUGCUUCGCUCUAAUAUAGUCUGAUAUCUCCUGUGGACUUGAGGGGCUGCGCCCCUGCUUUCACAGGCAAGCAGUGCCUCUGGCAGAGGCAGAACCAGAUGGGCCUGGACUGGAAGCUCUUGAUCUUUGUUUUUGCUGUACCACCUGUGACGGACCAUUCAGGUCCUGGGAGAAUGAACCCGUUAACCCCAGAAGGUCUUGAUAUAAGAUUCUCCUAUCAAGUCGCGAGUUCGUCAAGAGUAGCAGCUAGGCCUGAUUUUGAGGAGAACCACUUAAGUCUAACCUGGGAUAAGUAGAUUCUUUGUGCACUUGUGGGAAAUGCAUGCAUUUCCCCACUCUUUGGAGGACUGGAAAUUGGAAUGGGAAAAUGCUUUUUGGAUCUUGUAUAUGCUUGAUCAGAAGCCUCUGGCUGCAGCAAGAUGUUUGUGAUUCUGGCAAAGUCUUAGGCUGUGAGUAGUUUGAAAGGUCUAGCUUGGGUCUGGUGCGCAGAUGUGCCUGGGUAAGUGAGCAAGCAGACAAGUACCCACUUACCAACCAGUGAGCCCCACAGUAACCUGAACAGGGCAAGCAGCAAGGCUGAGCAGUGAGUGGAUUCUGACAUCAGUGCCUGAGUUCAAAUCCUGGUCCUGUCUGUUAGCCUUGUGACCUUGGGCAACUCAUCUCAGUGCACUGUGCCUCAGUACUCUCAUCUGGAAAACAUAAUUAUUGCACCUGCUUCACAGGAGACAAGUAAGAGCAUUCGGAACUGAGCCUGGCUUUUAGUGGGGCCAUAUAGGUGUCAAUAUUAAUACUUAGGGAAUCACAGACGGUUUCUUGGAUUCUGUUCCCCAUCUCUGCUCUGCUCGUCAUCAGCUGUGUAGCCUUGCAUCAGUUUCUUCAUCUGUGAGCCUCAGUUUUCCCAUCUGCUAAAGGGAUGUGACAGUCACUUUGGUGCUUGGAUUGGAUGCAGCAAGCAUGGGCAAGGUAACUGAAGCAUAGUGGCAGCUUCGAAAGAUUGACAGUGGCCAGCAUUUACUGAUCUCUGUGAGAGCUUCGAGUUUGUUCUCUCUUGAGUCCUGCUGUGCAUACUGUGUGCUGUAGAUGCUAUGAUUAUGCCCAUUUAACAGAGGGGAAAACUGAGGUAGUUCAGAGAAGUGAGCCAACUUGUUCAAGUAUACUCAGCUAGUGAGUGACAGGACCAGGGAGGAGAAGUAGGGACUUUUAAAAAACUACUGUUCCUCUUGAAGGCCUGAUAGGAUUCAGGGCAAAUUCUACAUUUUACUCCUGGUGUUUCUGUGUUUCCAGCAUGUCUUGCUUUCCUUUUAUCUUUUUUUUUUCUUUAUUGAUCUUAAGUGUAAAGCUCAAUAGAUUUUUACAUAUGUACGCCUUUGUGAAACCAUCACCUAGAUCAAGAUAAUUGAGUUGUUCCAGUGCCCCAGAAUCACCCUCAUUUCUGUCAGUUUUCCCAAGUCAUCAUCCCAGGCAGCUGUCGUGGGAGCUCUGUCUAAGACGCGACAGUUUGGGUAGCAGAGUUUGGUCAUUUUAGAGUGUGAAAGGAAGGGAACAGAGAAAUCAAAAGCUUGCAGGGCCAAGGUGGGUGGAGAGGGUGUUUUUCUUUUAAAAUACAUGGGUGGUUUUAAGGAGAAAUUGAAGCGGCCCGUUCAGACAAUUGUUUUGGUAUCUGGCCCCAGGUCUGUGGUUCCUAACAUGACUUGUGAUAUUAUUUUAAGUGGGCAGAUGGCUUUUGAUAGCUUCUUUAUCUUGAUCUCAGCUCUUGCAAAGGGGAGGUUGGUGCUCACUGCAAGAUCAGCGAUGAUCAGUGAUAAGAUUUUCUUUGUAGGUCGGUGGCUUUCUUGGCGAGUACAUUUCAACUUAUUAUUGUUUUAAAACCUGGGUGCUGCUGGUGACAUGGAGCGCUGUUGAAGAACAGCCACUCCCUGCGACCCAGCCCUCUUAGGAGAUGGUAGAGGAUCUUAGGGGCUAGCCUUCUGCGGGAGCCCUGUCAUAGACGGCUUGCCAUUCAGAAAGUGUUGGCUGCAGGCCUGUUGUGCACCAGCACAGCCACAUCAUGUUGGGGCAUGGGAGAAGUCUGUGCUAGCCCUUGGGAUACAGCUCAGAAACUGAAAUGGCUGCAUUCCUCAAGUUGCUGGACUAGGCUUUUGAUAACCCUCAGGCUUAGAGAUGACCCAUCAGCAAGCAUUUAUUGAAGGCCUGCCAUGUGCUGGGCACAGUGCUAGGUUCAAAUAGGGCAAAAACUGCAGACUGGUGCUAAGUUGUCAAAGGGUUGGUGGUGGAACUGGGUGGGAGGGGCAGGGAUGGAGGGCUUGUUGAACAAGAUCUGGCAGAGACCCUGCGGAGUAUUUGCGUGCACAGUCUUAUCUAACCCUUUCAAUGUUCUCUGUGAGAAAGACUGUUUUGAUCCUUCUUUUCUGGAUGAGCAAACUGAGGCUCCCAGAGUCCAGAAUCCCAGGGCCGGUGUGGGGAGGAGAGGCUUCCAGGUCUGCCUCGGCUUACACCCUUGGGAAGUGUCCUGUUCCUCUUAAAAAUAAAGACAAGGAAGGCCUCAGCAUGUCCUUUGAGCACCUCCUGCCUUCUCCCCCAGUCUGGCCUCCAGGUCUACUUGUUUCACCUCACGCCAUCCUUUGCCUUCUGAGCUUCUGUCACUGGGGUCUUUGCAAGGUGCUUUGCCCUUUCCUGCCUCAGAGCCUUUGUCCCUGCUGUUUCCCUCACCAAGAAUGUUGGUCCUGUGCCCCUUGCAGCUCCUCAUUUUGAUCCUUCAGUUCCCCUCCUGGAAGCCUGUCCGUCCCAAUGACCUCAGGCUCAGGUCUUUUUAUAGCACUGAUCAGCCAAGCAGGCAAGCCCUGAUAGAGACUGUCAUAUAGCAGAGCAGAUGAGCAUUUCCACAGAUCCAGGAUCACUUUCCACCUUGCCUGGCAGUCCUACUUUAUUCUGAGCCACUCUUGUCUUAUCCCUAAAGUGACUCUUUUGAAUGUUCUUUACCUUCAGACUUCCUGCUUCAAAAAAACAAGUAGAAACCAUAAGAGUGGAACUCCCUAUGACUUGUAGCCCCCAAGCCUGCAAACUGAUUUCCCACCUUUGUGUUUCCUCCCUUAGGCCAGUCCCCUGCUUACACUCUGUGUUCCAUUUUUCUGCACCUUGCUCCAGAACCUGACAUAAUCAGUUACACUUUCUCUUCUGGCAGCUUUUCACUGCCCUCCUUGGCUGAGCCUCUCUAUUGGCCUUUAUACAUGCCAGCGUCUCUACUGUCUUAACCAUAUGCCAUUUGACCUCACUUCUGUCCAUGCUGCUCCUAGUUAGCACCCAAUCACCCUUCUCCCCUUCACUGUUGACCUGUCUCUGAAGAGGUACCUACACCUCUCCACUCCUGCCCCUGCAUCUACCAGAUUCCAUAGGGGAAUUUUGUUUUCUUGAAGUGGUUGAACACUCCUAUUUAAAAUACUUUCUUUCCUUGCCUUGGGACCACCCUCUGCUGCGUUUCCUCUGAACUCUCUGGCCCUUCUCUUUCUCUGCUCUUUUCUUCAGCCUCAUAUGUAUUAACUCAGUACCUCUACUUGGCUGAUGUCCCAAAGAUGCCUCAAACUCUCCUCAUUCAAGAUUGACUCCAUCACCUCUUCCAUAGAGUCCUGAGCAGCCCCUUACUCCCCAACCCCUCCAUUGCUCAUUUUUCUUAUAAGCAUCCUAAGCCCUCUCUGAUCCUGUAGUCUGGGCCAAGGCCCCUUGUUCUAGGGCAUUCUUUGCUUUUCUGAAGGCCCUGGCCUCAGUUUGUAGUGAGACGUUCAUUAGGGGAUUAUUGGAUGACCCUUUCUGCCCUGCUAGACUGUAAGCUCCGUGAGGGGUAGGGACAUGGUCUGCUUUUGUUCACCACUGUAUUCCCACAGGGCCUGUCACAGUGCCUGGCACUUAACAGGUGCUCAAUAAAUGUUUGUUGAAAGAAUGAGUGUGAGUAUCUUUUUUUGAUAUCUUCCUGCACACUGAAUUGUAAGCCUCCUAGUCAGAUUUGCUCACCAUUUUGUCUCCAGGGUCUGUCCCUGGGCUGAUGCACAGUAAGGCCUCCAUGAUUUUUAGGUGUACCUGUAGGCGAAUGAAUGGGGACCUGACUUGCUAUCCGAGUUAGCAGUUGGGACAUCAGAACAAUCAAAGUUGAAACAGGACGGGCCAGGGGUCAUCUUAGUUGUCUAGAGAGUGAGGAUUUUAGUGGGAAAGUGAUCCUCUUUUAUUCCAUGGAAAACUAGUAGGGCAUCAUGGUCGAGGAUGUGGGCCUGAGGCCACAUUUUAUGAAAAUGGUACAGCUGGAAUCUGAGCUGGGAGCUCCUGCUCUGGCACCCCAGGUCUCAACUGCUGUGCCAGGCUGGGUGAUGGGUCUUACCAGCUGGGCAAGUUUCCUUCCUCUUUAGAGCCUCAGUUUCUUUCAGUGGGAAUUUGGAUGGGAGUACUGUUGGUUAAGCACUUUAAAGGCAAUUUCCAAAUAUUUCCUCAAUCUGCCAAACAGCUCUCUGAGGUAGGUAUUACUAUUACACCCUCUUCACAAUGAGGAAACUGAGGCACAGAGAGGUUAAAUAACUUGCUCUAGGUCACACAGCUGGUAGGUGGUAGAGCUGGGGUUAUUCAAAACUACAUGUCAUGACCCUUUAUUGAGAUGUGAGAUUGGUUUACUCGAUUCCAACAAACAUUAAAAAACAGCAUAGAAAAUAAUGAGUGCAUCACAACAUGUAGUAAAGGUAAGUGUUCAAAGAACAACUGGUUUUCAGAUAUAUGUCUAUAUAUUUACACAUGUAUGAGCGUGUACUGGGUUAUGAUGUAAAAUGUAUCUCACUGUGGGUCACUGCGAAGUGAAUAGAGGCAUUGCUUUAACAGAAACUCGUAGCACAAUAAACUGCUCAGCUUCCUCCCUCCACCCUACUGGGUUGUCCGUAAGUUCCAGAACUGACACACACAGCUGGGGAAGGCAAAGCAGUGCCCCACAUAACUUGGCUUUCUCAGCCUCCUUCAAACCCCAUUCUUUUCAGAAAGCAGAUGGCUCACGGUAACUGGGAUUCCAAGUAUCUUGGGCAAGUUUCCGAAGCCACCUGUCCCCUUGGAGAGUCAGCAUUAUCUUUGGGCUGACUGCAUGGGAGCUGGGGUCUGCUGAGUUUCCCUUUGGGUUUCAUUGCAUGACCCACUUUGGGCUGGCCAGGUUCUUUGAAAACACGAGUGUUGGUGCUCUCAGAGGACUUGGGUGGUGGUGGCAGUGAUGUGACAUCCCUAAAAGUCUGCUUUGCUCUUCUCCAUGGUUCUCCACAGGGGUUGUCAGCCAUCACUUGCUCGCUCACUGUGACGAUGCACUUUUUUGUUCUGUCUUGGCUGGCCUAGGCUGGGGCCCCCAGCAGCUCUUUCAGAAACCCCACCCCCAGUCUCAGCUGCCAUCAGGUCAGAGGCCACUGAGUCUCCUGAUGGCAGGAACACUUCUCAGGCCCAGGAGACAGGCGUGCAGGCCUGACAUGGCCCCUUCUAGGCCACACUGUCUUGACUAGCUGUCAGAAGAGCACCCAAGAUGCCCCCUGAUCUGUGUGCUCCAGCUUGUGACUGCUCAUAACCCUUAAGGUGAUACCAUGUGGCAUGUGUGGGGUUGGUGCCAAAAGGGCAGGUUUCCUUCUCAAAAAUUAGCAAGCACACUGGAGGUACAGUUUUGUUCUUAAUCUCCCUCUCCAGUUUUCUAAGAACCCCUCUUCUCUGUUACCGAUUAGUGAGUCAGUAUACAUUUGUACUCCCAUUUCUUUUACUAUCCUCCUUUUGAUUAAAAUCCUAGCUGCCUCCAAAUAUUUACUGUGAAAGACAGUUCAAGGAUAGUUUUUUUUUUUUUAGGGCCCAAAGUUUUCUUCAAAAUGGAACCCUCUUUGGAUGUUAUCAGAGUGGUGUGUAGUUAGUAGUUAGUGUGUAUAGAGAGUUCCUUGAGCCUCAGUUUCUGCAUUUGCGAAGUUUCUGCAAAAGGAAGGGUAUUGCUUUGAAGGAUAGAUAUGAAGGUUUUCAGAUGACUUAAGUGUAUCAGUGAAAAGGGUCCACGGUGGAGGAGAACGAUGUUUGUGCCUCCUGCUUUCAUUUCUCUGACGUCAGAGGAAAGGAGAAUGAACUGUAUACUUCUGCUGACUUCAUGGAUCUUGGGAUUGGCUGAAUUGCUUGACCCAAUUUUUGGAUGUCCCCCCUCUUCUCACCUUCCCCGGCUGUGGAAGAGAUGUUCUAGGGGCAGAAGGAUUGUUAUGUCUUUGUUUUUCUUCUCUCUCUUCCUUCAAAUGGACCGUGGAGUUCUUUCCUUGCUGGUUGCUGCAUCCUGAGUUCCCCCUCUUAUCUCAUAUACACCCAGGGCUCUGGAGUGGCUUUUAGAAGUCUGAUUGUUGUGUACAUGCACUGGGCCAGAUGGCAGGGGAAGGCUGGCUUAGUCCUGCCCUGGAAGGAGGGUUGCCUCUCUGUUUGUUUGUGGGUCUUCUUAAGGAUGCUUGAGAAGACCCUGGAAGAUGACAUUUUCUUUAAUGAAGGACUACAUUAGCCAAAGAAGUCAGCGGAAUUUGCGUUGGGCCACAAAUCCAAAGACCUGGAUUUUCAACCUACUCAAGGGACUGGUGCAGGACCAAGCCAGUUUGCUCCAAAUCCCCCUUUCUCAUCCAUGAAGUGCAGGAGAUGAUGGCUGAGCUCCUAAAGUCAGCCACUCCAUGCCCUGUAGUCUCUGAUUCUGGGGAAUGUGAGCCCCAGUCUGUGGAGAAGGACAGAUGGUCCUUUCUGGAUCUUCCAGACUCUAGAUCCAUGUGCAUUGUUCAAGCUUUUUAUUAGCACCCUCCCCAAGGGUGCUAAUAAAAAGCAGUUCUUUCAGCCAUUUCUGUGUCUGGUGGUCUCCUAGCCACAUGUCCCACAAAGGCAGGGAAACUGGGAAUGACAGUGUGGGCAAAAGGCAAAUUGAAAGCAAAGCUUGAAUGAAGAUGGAGGGAGGGGUCUUGUCCAGUAUUGCUGCUUCCUAUCUUCUCUGGAAAGGAUUGGAGAUGGGGCUGUGGUAAGAUCCCAGCCUCCCUCAUCAGUUUGUUGGUUUAGAGCACAGACUUAGGAGCUGAAAGGCCUAUGUUUCUAUCUUCACUGCAUGACUGAGCUGUUUACUUGGCUUCUGUUUCAUCAUCUGUAAGAUAAGGAUAAUACUGUCUACUUCAAAAGAAUAAAAGUAUCUCAUAGGGUUCUCAUGAGAAUUAAGUGAAUACAUGUGAAGCUAUGCUACGAAGUACCAUAGUAAGCACUAUAUUCAGGUCAGCUAGUGAUAAUUCUGUUUCUGUAGGUAAUUGUGAAGAUAAUCGAUUAUAUGUUUUCAAAAAAGUUACAACCACUUCCGGAAGUGUCAAUAUCAUACUGUUACUUCUUAGAAAGAAAAAAGCUCUGAGCUAUUGCCUCAGCUCUUCUCAGAUCUCCAUAAGAUUUUAGUUAAUGGCUCCCUCAUUGGAAACAGCUGAUACUCAUGAGAACAAUGAUUUCCGCAUGAUCCUCAUGCCCUCACUUGUGGUAGGGACUGGGUGAAAUACACUUGGUUUCUGCUACUCAGACCUUGGGGUCAGACUUGUCUGGCAAAGGAGGAGAAGACCAAAAAAAUAUCUAUUCAGCCCCUGCUCUGUGCCAGGCCCUGGUGUCUGGCUUGAAGUCCUCAUUUCCCACGACUGCCCUGUGCUUGGCGUAUACAUCCUGGCUCCUCUGUGCUCCGUUUUAAGAUGAGGAGGGUGAGGUUCAGGAAGGCCUAACGAAGAGCUGAAGAUGAAGAGUGCGGACGAUAAUACCCCUGCUGUGGCAGAGCGUCCUGAUGUCCAGGAGACAGUGGGUCCCUUGGUGGCCCCCACACCUCUCCGUCCGUGGCCCCAGAUGACACUUCAGGUUUCUGAAGUUACAGUGACUGGCAGACCCUCAGAGGAAGGUGAUGUCACCAGAAGCAGCCCGCCUGUGACUUUCACAGAGGUUCCCCAGGCACCGGCCAUCAGGAUUCCCCUCUCUUCUUCUCUCUGCGGCCUGGGUCGCUCUCCCCGGGACCAGGCCUCGGGGCCUGAUGCAAGUGAGGGGGCAGCUGGGCCUCUCCUGGAACCGAGCCAGCGACAGAUGGAGGCUACGUGGGAAGUAUCCAGCGAGAAUGGAAGGGGCCGAAAGGAGCCCAUAGUGGGAGCUGUCAUGGACAAGCCUCCUGGGGGGCUGGAGGUCGUGAGUGGGUUGGAGGAGCUGCUUGGAGAGGACACCAUCGACCAAGAGCUGGAGCAGCUCUACCUGUCCCACCUGAGCCGCCUGCGGGCUGCCGUGGCUGCUGGUGGGGCGGGAGGUGGUGGGGAGGGGUCCAUAGAUGGAGGGGUGUCCCCCAGCCAUCCCCUGGGCAUACUCACAGACCGCGACCUGAUCUUGAAGUGGCCUGGCCCUGAGCGGGCCCUGAACAGUGCCCUGGCUGAGGAGAUCACACUGCACUAUGCCCGGCUGGGGCGCGGUGUGGAGCUCAUCAAGGACACCGAGGACCCUGAUGAGGAGGGGGAGGGGGAAGAGGGGCUCUCCAUCAUACCCUCCAGCCCAGAAGGGGACACCCCUAAGGAAUCACCUCCAGAAAUCCUCUCAGGGGCCCCUUCUUUGGUAGCCACUAUGGGAGAUGUGUGGCUCCCAUGGGCGGAGGGUUCUGGAUGUAACAGCCCUGUGGCUCUGGGUAUAGAGGGUCAAUUCAGUGGGGCUCCAGAGAAGGGGACAAGCAAGGACUCUGACUCUUUGCAUGUGAGUAGGAUGAUAUCUGGGGUGACUGGGUCCUCAGGGGCCACAGAAGCCCAGAUGGAGUUUACCACUGAGUUGGCAGACAGGCUGAUUUCUAUAUCUGGCCAGGAGCCAGCUUCUCUGGUCCUGCAGGGGCGGCAAGAUCUCUCCCUCCUUGGUCCCUUAGGGACUGAAGUCUGUCCUUCCAGCCUGGCCAGGCCCCAUGUAAGCCCCCAGGAUGAAGGGGGUUCAGGCCCAAGCCUUGAGCCCCCAAAGAGGUCUCCUACCCUAGCAGACCCUGCAGAGAGCGUGUGUGUAUUGCCUCCCCAGCUCUGGGGACCCCUGACCCAGACUCUGGGGGUCCUAGCUGUGCUGGUGGUGGUCCCUGUGGCUCUGAACAAUGGUAUGUCCCUCCUGGUGCUUGCACUGUGCCUCUCUCUGGUCUGGUUCUUGUAGGAGCUGCUUGUGAGAUGAGCAAUAACAGGUUUCCCCUCUCUGGGGAGGGGCAGCCCCUGCAUCACCCCCCCCUCCCCAGAGGGUUCAGAUGGGUUGUGUGGUCUGUUCAGUGAACAGUCCUUUGCUUCUGAGAAUGCUUGACUGGAGAGAGACCUCUCUGUCCCUCAGCUCUCCAGUGAGCAUGGGGUUCCCUGUGGCGAUACCAGUGGAGAGAAGUGGCAUGGGGGGAUGGUGUAAGAACUUGCAGAAUGGAAUUUGGCAUGUCCUCCCCUCCCACCCCACCCUCAAGCCUGUAUUUAUUUUUGUAUAAUUCUCUGGUUGAGGGAGAGUGGUCAUGAGCUGGUCUUGGGGCACAAUUACCCAGAGAUGUAUUUAUUAACAGCCAACCUGUGCAACCUGCUGGAGCUUUAUUUUUAAUUUAAUUUAUAUAGAGUACCUAUUAUUAUACGCCACAAUAGAACUCUAUGAGAAACAAUGUGUCUUGUUGUGCAGUGUUUUCCUCUUUGGGCCUAAAUGUGCAGGGUGGCCACGUUCUGUGGAAGGACCAUGGUGGACAGUGGGUGGGGGUGGAUGGGUGGGGUGGGAUGUGGUCAUACCUGCUGCUGCUGCUUCAAUAUGUCCUUGAGGAUCUUUGUCAUCUCACCUAUGGUACUAAUCUGUAGUCUGGUGGUCUUGCGGGAGUGGGGGCAGAUCCUUUGGUCUUUUCCACCUUCUGCCAGGGGUGGAGGAAGAAUGGUGGCCACAUGAGUGUUUGAUGUCACACAUAUGACUCUAUGACAUGUGGCCAGCUGUGGAUGAGGGGAUAUUGGUUGUGAAUCAGCCACAAGGUUUUGAGGUUAGUGAAAAAAAAAACAGCCUUUGACACACAGGGAGAGCCCUCUGCCCUCAGGAUUGGGAUGGCUUCAGAAAGGACAGAGGACUUAAUGUGUCAUAGUUGAGUUGCUGUCCAAGACAUUGCAUUCUAACUCAAAACUGGAAACCCAGAACCUUUGAAAGAAAGGAUAGAUGUAUAUACUGCAUGCAAAUGAAAAACUCUAUAUAGCAAAAUAAAACACCAUAUAUUUA